AUGGAACCCGAGAAACGUCAGUAUAAGACGCUGGCGGCUGGGACGAAAGGAGAAGAACGAAACACUACAAAGCGCAGCGGCGCCGUUAUGCCGGCGAGUCGGCGACCCUACCGAAGCUCGCAUGGCUAUGUCACCCUUGGCGCACCUCUACGUUAUGAUAUAAAUAUCACCACUCCAAAGGGUGCCUUCGUUCUCCCUUCUCGCUUCUGCUUGUAUUUAAACUUCACCACGCCCAUUCCUCCAUCAUCGUUCAGUAUUACCUCAAGUUCCGCCACAUAUCAUCCAGGGAGAACACCUAAAGCCUCUGUUUUAAAACGAUUAAAGAAGUUCAUCGGGAGCUCUCAAGCAUCGUCGUCUCACCCACAAUCAAGUACCAUUCGAACUACUCUAACGGAAAGCGAAAGACGUCGAGCAGAGGCGUUAAAGGCAUGUGGCCUUCUCGGACAGAGCAUCAAGUAUGGAGGUCCAUACCGCGAUGAGGGUGACGAUGACGAUGCCAAAACUAUUAUUUCGUCCGAGAAGCAAGCCGAUGAUGGAACAUGGGAGAUGAAGGACCUCCUAGACUUUGACGAGAAAACAGAGCUUCCCAAGGGCGCUCAGGACUACGAGUGCUCCAUCAACACUAUUGAGGAUGAUUUGAUAUCCGUGGACUCUCCGGAGACGCCGCCAGUUCCGCUCCAGCGCCAUUUUUCGGUUUCAACAAGCUCCGACACUUCUCCAACGGUAGAGUCGGAAACAAGUACGCUCUCACCACAACGGGCGCCCAUACGA